CUCGUGGCCCACAAUCUGGGAAGGCCCGGAGCGGCGCCAGCCGACCCGCCUAGUCACAACUUGCCCCGACCAGACACGCUGCAUCUUGCAUCCUGGAAGAAAGAACCCGCCCGCCUUUCCGGCUCGGCUGCUCCUCUGCCUCAGCGAGCCCCGCGGGCUCCAGCUGCGCCCCUGGGGUCUGGAUCUCGUGUGCAGCUCCGUCCGCCUGCCGCGCCCGGCACCCGCCCAGGAGCGCGCAGCUGGGGUGAGCCGAGGCCAGGGAUGCGCCGGGCGCCCGCGGAGCAUCUCGGUGCUCGCCGCGCCGGGCCUCCUCCCGCCUCUGCCGGCCGCGAUCCGCGCCGCUGCGGACCCCGCUCGGCUCCCCGUGGGUCUUCCAAGGAAGGCGCCGAAGCCCCACCGGAGCCCGCAUCGCUCCGCCUUUGUCUUCGCGGGCUCUGCAGGCCGGUGCUGCGGAUACGUUGGUGAGCGAGAGAGACCACGGCCCUUGUUCCCGCGGAUCCUGCAGCCCCAGUGGAUGGAGCCCCGAUCCUGCAGACCAGUCAGGAAAGAAAAAAAAAUUCCCGAUGGUUGGUCCCAGCAGGGACUCCCGGGUGGACUGAGGAAUGCCUGGCCCUUCCUCAGCACGCUGAUCUCUUUGGUGAACACUGGUAUCCCCCAGAACCCCAAGAUGAGAGGCCUGCAAGCAGCAAGUCGGUGCUAGAAAUAUUUUAGUUUCUCCAGAGACAGUAGAAUGCAGCCGACACACAAGUUUGUAAGGGCCCUGGGCGCCCGCUGACAGCGCGCAGGCGCGCGCUCGCCGGUUGCUCCAGCUGCAGGCCCGGCGCUGCCAUAGUAACGUCCUGGACGCCCAGACCUCUAGCGGCCGCCGCCGCCGAGGAGGCACCGCCUGCUGCAGCUCGCGAGGGCGUGGCGGCGGCGGCCCGGGUCUGGUGAAGGAGCCCGCCUGCUCCUCCCGCGCACGCACAGGCGGCGGAUUGGCUCGCAAGCAUGCCCUUCCAAAAGCGCGUCUACUACCCGCUCGCCAGCUGCCCCGAGGGGCCGGAUGCCCCCGCGGCCGGCGCGGCCUCUAUAACUAGUCACCCUCCGAGCGCGGCGUGGGGACCCCUGCCCUUCUUCCAGUUCCGGCCGCGGCUCGAGAGCGUGGACUGGCGACGGCUGAGCGCGAUCGACGUGGACAAGGUGGCGGGAGCCGUGGACGUGCUGACGCUGCAAGAGAACAUCAUGAACAUCACCUUCUGCAAACUGGAGGAUGAGAAGUGCCCACACUGCCACUCAGGGGUGGACCCCGUGCUGCUGAAGCUCAUCCGCCUGGCGCAGCUCACCAUCGAGUACCUGAUGCACUCGCAGGAGUUCCUCACCUCGCAGCUGCAAGGCCUGGAGGAGCGGCUGCGCCUGAGCCUGGGCGACUGCGAGCAGAGCAAGGAGCUGCUCACCAAGCAGGCGGGGGAGAUCAAACUGCUCAAAGAGGAGUGUAAGCGCAGGAAGAAGAUGAUCUCCACCCAGCAGCUGAUGAUCGAGGCCAAAGCCAGCUAUUACCAGUGCCAUUUUUGUGACAAGGCCUUUAUGAACCGUGCUUUUCUACAAAGCCACGUUCAACGCCGCCACCCUGAAGAUGCUCACAUUGAGUAUAAAGCAAAGGCACAGACCGACAAGCUCCAGAAAGAGGUCGACAUGCUGAAGGAUCAGCUGCAGCUGACCAGGUCUCAGUUGGAGGCUGCCCAGCACGCCCACGCGGUCAGGUUCUCCAAGGAAUACGAAAUGCAGAAAACAAAAGAGGAAGACUUUCUGAAGUUAUUUGAUAAGUGGAAAGAAGAAGAAAAGGAGAAACUAGUUGAUGAAAUGGAAAAAGUCAAGGAGAUGUUUAUGAAAGAGUUUAAAGAAUUAACCUCCAAGAAUUCAGCAUUAGAAUAUCAGUUGUCAGAAAUCCAGAAGUCCAAUAUGCAGAUCAAGUCCAACAUAGGCACGUUGAAAGACGCCCAGGAGUUUAAAGAAGACCGCCCGAAUCCACAGGAUUUCCAGAACGUGCUGCAGCUGCUCGACAGCCAGGAAAGCAAGUGGACAGCUCGAGUUCAAGCUCUUCAUCAGGAGCACAAGAAAGAGAAGGGUCGGCUCCUGUCCCACAUAGAGAAACUUCGAACUUCGAUGAUAGACGAUCUCAAUACGAGUAAUGUUUUCUAUAAGAAAAGGAUAGAAGAGCUAGGCCAGAAGCUCCAGGAGCAGAACGAGCUGAUCGUCACUCAGAGGCAGCAGAUUAAAGAGUUCGCCAGUAAACCAUUGAGCAGCAUCAGUGAGCCCAAAGGGAAUUCUUUAACCUGGCAAACUUUUGAAUCUAAGUCAGCUGCCCCUGCUGUACCUGGGAACGCUUCAGGCCCUCAGACUCUGGAGGCCAAAUCUAACUUAGCAGUGGCACAUGAACAGGCCUUCCCGUCGCACAUACUGGAACCAAUAGAAGAGCUCUCAGAGGAAGAAAAAGGAAGGGAGAGCGAACAGAAAUCAAGUAACAAGAGAAACUUAAGGAAAAUUUUGAAGACAAAUCCCUCCCUCACUAAGGAAAUAAAAACAGUGUUGGAGCAGAGCUUGGUGGAGAAACUGGAAACGUUGGGCAUUAAUGCGGACGUACGUGGUAUUCCAAGUGAUCACUUGAAUAUUGUGAUGAGAUCUGUGGAAUCAACGAGACAUGAGCGAGAAAGACAAAUACCAAACAUGCCGCAAAUCCGAGAGGUCCUCGAGCACCAGCUCAGCUGUAAAAUUGAAGAGAGAACAUUACUCUCUUCGGAUAAGCUCAGUGUUUCUCAGAUGGAUACGCUUUCAGCGGGAGAAGUAUCCAAAUCAAUCCAACAUCCUCCCAAAAGCAGACAGUUGGUUAGACAAAGACCUGUUUUUACUGAUAGGACGGCUGUUCCAAAACUGAAGAAAACUGUCAUAGAAGAUCGUCUUCCUAGAAAGUCUUCGUCUACUUCGACACCUCCCUUCAGUUCAGAGGAGGAGCUGGAUGAUGACGGCUUCAUCCAGGCGUACGUGUCCCCAGAGCUGCUUCCUGUGCAGCUGUCCCAAAGCAGCAAGAAUGGUGUCGGAAAGAGCGCUGUCAGGAGUGACACAGACUGGACCGAGGGAAGUGAAGUUGAGGACUCUGAUGUUUCUCCCAAGCCCACAGGAACUGCCAUUAAGUCAUUAACUGAAAAAGUUGAAAAGAUGGUUUCACAUCACAGAAAUAUAAAUAAACCAGUUGGUGGGAUUAACGUUACUGAAGUGUUCAUGAUAAAAGAAGAAUUACAGGAAGAACUGAAGUGUGCAGAUGUGGAUGAUGAUGACUGGGAUGUGUCAUCCUUGGAGGAAGAAAAGUCUCUGGGGAAAAAGCCUGGGAAAGCCCAGAAGGAUCUUCUACCUGUGAAGAACGAGUCCAGUUCUGCUCAAGUGCGAAAUGCCUGGGGCGCAUUCUAGGGCCCCGGGGAGAAGGACUUCAAGAAAUGAGUGUUUUAAAAAGCGGCACUGAGACUGACAGAGUGACUCUUAGAUUCAUAGCUGUAAUUCCGCACCUCAGAAGAUUCUCCCAGAAGCCAACGGGAUUCAGCGGCGGCCCACACGAUUCUCAAGCUCCUGCCUUACAGUGUUUCUCUCAGUAACAAGGAAGCCACCUCAGAAAACAAGUGUCUCUUAAGUGGCACUCAAUACAGUAUUGAAAAACAAACUGUCAGCAGUAUUUUAAAGCAUAAAAAAGUAUUUCACUUCUGCAGCUAAAAAAAAUAACAUGCCAUUAAAGUCAGAAAAAGUGUCUUCUUCAGAAUGGUACUCCAGUGUGAACUGUAUUUUUUUUCAAUUAAUUUUUAAGUGAAACUUCUUUGUUUAAAGCUUGGUUUGAAUUACUACAGCUUUUUUAUAUCUUAUGUGUAUUGUCCCAUUGGGCGCAUUGAUAUAAAAUUCUUUAAAAUUGCAAUAGUGAGCAGUAAAGUCUAAAGACUUAGAUUAUUUGUCAUAGUAGAAGUUUAGAAUGACAAUAUAACUAGGCCCACUUUAAAUACAUCUUCCUAAAUUUCUUAGUCAUCCUCAGCUUUGGGUCACUGUCAGCAUGUUGGCACUAAAUGGUUAUUUUCUGUGCUGUCAUCUUUUAUCUUAGAUAUUUUAUGAGUACAGUGUAGCUAUGUAAAAGGCCAACUAAUCUAUCAGAAUAUGAAUAAAAAAGAUCGAUUCAUUACUGAAUUACUGUGUAGGUAGGUUUUCUUUUUUGGACUUGAAAAAUAGCCAACCCAUGUUAUAAAAUACCUCAAAACUAAUUUAAAUUGUUGAAUGACAUCGUUAAAGGCCAAAAGGUUCAUAUAAAAUGUUUUUUGUUGUUCUUUUUUUUUUUUUUUUUAAUACUUGGUGGUACUAUCUGUACUUUGUUACUGAAAAAAAGUAACGUUUUAACUAGAUGAUUUGUUGGAUUUUAGAUUUCUUUUCAUUUGUCAAGUUUACCAGUAAAGCCCUCUUCAUCACUCUUGUGACUGUGGCUGAUUAUUUUGAGAUGAUUUCUGAGUUGAACUUUUUGAGUCAGGGUCUUGUCAUGCUGUUUAGGCUAGUCUUGAACUCAUGGCGAUCAUCCUCCUGCCUCAGCCUUGCAAGUGCUGGGAUUAUAGGCGUGCACUGCCACACCUGGCUGACUAUACUUUUGUGAGGGCUUGACUAGGG